CUACAUCUCGCCGCCGCCGCUAUUAAACUCCACUCCGAACUACGCCUAUGCGGAUCUGCAAGUGAUUAAUCCCCAGGCUUGGCGGCUUCUCACCACAGCCGAUCUCCCAUCGUUGUUAUUUUUUAUUAAUUUUUCAAUGAUGAAGCUGAAAUUUGUUCCCCACUCUUCGAAGAGCAAGGAUGUUAUCAAGCUCUUCUGCACCCUUCAAUUUUCACGCUCAUUUAAUCUCAGAUUCCUUCAUAGCCGUGCAAAGAUUUUAACAGUGAAUAGAAUUAGCACAUGGGAAGCCCAGAAGCCCUGUUCGAGUUCUGUUGUACAAUCUUUGUUUCAUAUGAAUUUAUUUGAUGGAGUUUAUCCUCGUAGUUUCACUUCAGGAAUUGUUAGAUUAGAGUAUAAUGAGGAGGCUACCAAUAAGGUCUACCAGACGAUCGUCGAUUACUCUAAUCCUGAGCAUAAAUUGGAGGUAGCUCUCGAUAAUCUUGGAUUAGGGCUAACUACUCCUCUGGUAUUAGAGGUCCUGAAAAGGCUUCGAUACGAGGAGAAAAUUGCAUUUAGGUUCUUCACAUGGGCAGGGCAGCAAGAAAACUACAGUCAUGAGCCUCAGGCUUUCAAUGAGAUGAUUGAUAUAUUGUCGUGUACAAAGUACAAGAUCAAGCAGUUUCGAAUCGUUUGCGAUCUUCUGGACUACAUGAAGAGGAAGGGGAAAUGCUCCGUUCCUGUCGAAGUGCUGUUGAAGAUUCUGAGGCAGUAUGCUGAAAAGCAUUUGACUCAUCUUCACAAAUUCGCGAGGAAGAAGAGAAUACGGGUGAAGACCCAGCCUGAAAUCCAUGCCUUCAAUUUGCUUCUGGAUGCUCUGUGUAAGUGCGCUCUUGUGGAGGACGCUGAAGCCAUGUUUGGGAGGGUAAAGAACAAGCUAAGUCCGAAUGCGGAUACUUAUAACAUUUUGUUUUUUGGAUGGUGUAGGGUUAGAAACCCUACUAGAGGUAUGGCUAUUCUGGAGGACAUGAUGAAGAUGGGGCAUACACCCGAUAACUUCACCUACAACACGGCGAUUGACAGUUUUUGCAAAGUAGGGAUGGUUACGGAGGCGUCCAAACUACUAGAGUUUAUGCGAACUCAUGGCUCUACCAUGUCUAGUCCUACGGCAAAAACAUACGCCAUUAUGAUUGUGGCUCUGGUUCAAAACGAUAGACUAGAGGAAUGUUAUGAUGUUCUUGGGGAUAUGAUAAGCAGUGGGUGCCUUCCGGAUGUUUCCACGUACCAGGAUCUGAUCGAAGGUAUGUAUUCUGUUGGAAAGAUUGAGGCAGCUUACAAGUUUCUAGAAGAGAUGGGAAGCCGAGGCUAUCCUCCUGACAUUGUCACUUUCAAUUGUGUCCUCAAGGUCCUGUGUCACUACAGUGACAGAGAUGAAGCACUUCGGCUUUAUGGUAAGAUGAUUGAAAUGGGUUGUGCCCCGAGUGUCCAAACAUUCAAUAUGCUUAUUGCAAUGUUUUUCAAGUUAAGGGAUGUCAACGGUGCGUUUGAUAUGUGGCGUGAGAUGGACAAUAGAGGCUGCACACGCGACACGGAGACAUACUGUGUGAUGAUUGAAGGGCUUUUUGAUAGCAAUAAUGCUCAAGAUGCAUGUUUGCUGUUGGAAGAAGUGAUAUUCAGGAGAAUGAAACUCCCUUACCAGAAAUUCGACACCUUUUCGAUGCAACUUUCUGCAACUGGUAAUCUCCAGGCUAUACAAAAACUCUCAGAGCAUAUGAGGAACUUCUACAACCCUGCUAUGGCUAGACGCGCCGUGCUGAACCAAAAGCGUAGGAGCAUGAGUUUGAGAGGGAGGUAGCGAAAUGGGUGUGCUUGAAUUGAUCGCAAGACUGAGAUGUCGCCGUUUAGAGCUACAUCCUCUGUUCUUUUUAACUGAUGAGUGAAUGUGGACAUGAUGUACGUCCAUGUACAUUCGAUUCUUGAUGUAUCAAAACAAAUGUAAUGGACAGUU